UUCAUCGUUUCAAAAUGGCGAAAUGCCGAAAAGCAAAAACACAAAAUGGCGCAAAACGAAAAUUACUCAAAUGGUGCUGGCAAUAACAGUCGCUCAAUUGAACUGAUUCCGAAGCGCACGCACAUGCCAAUGUUUACAUUUUAAAUUUGUAAUGUGCGGCAUAUAUUGUGGAAUAAGCCGUAAUAAUGAUGAUGCCAGUUGUCAUAUGCACAGCGCCUUGGAGACGCUACUACACAAUCGCGGACCCGACCUAAAAGACAAGCUCAUUGUGGACAAUGUGCUGCUGGCCGGCAACGUUCUGUGGCAACAGGGCGCCGCGCCCCAAAAGCAGCCCCUGGUCAAGGCGGAUCUGGUGCUGCUCUUCAACGGGGACUUGUACAAUCUAAAUGAAAAGAAGCCCGCAGCCCAGGCAGACAGCGCCUGGCUGCUGGAACAGCUAAUCAACUGCAAGAGCAGCGACGAUGCCCAGCUGUUGGCGCUGCUGCAGCAGCUCGAGGGACCCUACUGCCUGAUCCUGUACAACAGACGUGACCAGGUUCUGUACUUUGGCCGCGACGCACUGGGCAGAAAUUCGCUGAUCGUCGAACGGCACACGCAUUGCCUCAAGCUGAUGAGCACCUCGUGCCACGUGGAGCAGCAGGCGCCGGCUGCCUCAAUGGAGCUGCCGCCACUGGGCCUGUACAAGCUGCAUGUGGCGGAGCUCGACAAGUGCACAUUGUAUCCCUGGCAGCAGCUUAACAAGGACACAGAGCAGCAGCUGGCAAUGCUGGACGCUGCCAUGCACUGGAGCACAAGCCUGGAGCGGCCCAUAGCGCCGGCUUGGCUGCUCGACACAACGCAAACGGUGGCCAGCUACGAUCUAUACGAGCUGGCCGCCGCCAACACAGUGCAGCUGGAACCGGAGGCGCUCUACACACAUCUGCUGGACCAUGCGCCUGUGCAGCAGACGAUACGCCAAUUGGAUGAACUGCUGCAGCAAUCGGUGGCAGCACGUGUGCUGCAUACGGCGCCAGUUUGUCGCAGAUGUGCCACAGCUGGCAGCUGUGCUCAUGCCAAAAUCUCUAUACUAUUCUCGGGCGGCAUUGACUGCAGCAUAUUGGCGCUGCUGGCCGACAAAUAUGUGCCGCAAACGGAGCCCAUCGAGCUCAUCAAUGUGGCCUUUGAGCGGCUGACGGCAACAGCAGCCCCGUUGGCUCAGCAGCCGGAGAGCAAAUGGAAUGUGCCGGAUCGCCAGACCUCGCUACAAACGCUGGACGAACUGCAGCGGCUGUGCCCGCAGCGCAACUGGCAGCUGUUGCAGGUGAAUGUCAGCCGACGCAAGCUGCAACAACAGCUGAGCACACACAUCCGGCAGCUGAUCUAUCCGCUGCAAACGGUGCUGGACGAGUGCCUCGGCUGUGCCUUUUGGUUUGCCGCCGCCGCGCCCCAAUCAACGGCACGCGUUGCACUGUUGGGCAGCGGCGCCGAUGAGCUCUUUGGCGGCUAUACGCGGCAUCGCAAUGCCUGGCGGCGUGCCGGCAGCGCAUGCCCAGCCGUGCGUCAGCUGGCCGUGCGCCAGGAGCUGGACAUGGACUGGCAGCGCAUACCGGCACGCAAUCUGGCGCGCGACGAUCGCAUCAUUGCGGACAGCGGCAAGACGGCGCGCGCUCCCUUCAUCGAGGAGCAUCUGGCCAGUUUUGUGCGCUCCCUGGCGCCACAGCAGCGCUGCUGUUAUAGUCUGCCCGAGGGCGUGGGCGAUAAGCUGCUGUUGCGCCUGUACGGUCACAGUCUGGGGCUGCGCGAGGCGGUGCUGCUCAAGAAACGGGCCAUACAGUUCGGCUCUCGGAUUGCCGACAAGCGGCAGCAGGCGGCACAGCAAUCGGACUAUUUGCGCUUCGAGUCCUUGCAACUGAAUUAAUGUACAUAGAGUUAAGAACUGAAUGCCAUCCAUGAGAAAUUCGUUUUUAAAAUACAUUUUAUUAGAAUGCCAUUUACAAAUCACAAACUGUGUCAACUAACUUACAUAACUAGCACUUAAAUCCGUUUUAAAGCUGUUCUCAAGCAAUAUUCGUUGCAUUCUGAUUGGUUACGAUUGCAUAUAAAAAUGUUAACUGCCCGCUAAAUUUGUUUUGUAUAUCAUUUAAAUGGGCUGGCUAUUCAAACGCUAAGGGCACUCGGCAUAAAGCUACUUGUAAACAUUUGUCAUGCAUGUUAUAAAUCUUGUUGUAUUGCUUAUGUUAACUUGAUGACAUAACUGUUACUGUUGUGCCUGUUAAACUUUACAUGAUUGAUAACUGUUACCCGUAUGUUAUGACAUUUAGUUGCUAAAUGUGUUCGUGUGUUCGUUCUACUUGCGCACAGGCUUCACUGUACACA